AUGUUUGUCUCUCUGUUAUUAGGUGCUGCAGUAGUGGCUGCUAGCCCGACUACUGGUGCGAAGUAUAGCUCGUCCGCGGUGACAAUUAGCCAGAACACACCGGAAGAUGCUGGUGCCGCAAUUCUGCGCCCAUUUGUCUCAUUUUCGAUUGAGUUUGCCUCUUUCCCAGACUUUGCCGGUAACCUAUCCUUGCCAAACAAAUUCUCGAAUCGAUUAUUAGAUAACCUUGCCGAUCUCCAGGGUGUCAAACCCUAUAUCCGAGUUGGCGGAAACACCCAAGACUUUGCUUUAUAUGAUCCCAAUUUGAAAACUGGAAUCAAUGGCACUGUUGUUCCCGCCAUUUCGACCGAUUACCCUUCAAUAGUAUAUAUCGGACCAUCCUUCUUUGAGUCAUAUGCAACAUGGCCAGACACCAAAUUCAGUUUCGGCUUUGAUAUGGGUAAAAAUGGGACUGAAGGGAUGGAUACGUUGCUGGCUACCGCUUCUCUAGCAUGCAAAGCUCUCAAGGAUGGCAAGCUGGCCUACUGGGAGAUGGGCAAUGAGCCUGAUCUAUUUAAGACAAGUACACCAGAUACCAAGCGGCCGGCAAAUUGGACGGAAAGUGAUUAUGUCACGGAGUGGCUGGCCAAGACCCGACUUGUCAAAAGUCAGAUUUCAAAAGCUUGUCCUGAGAUGGCAGAGGAUACAGAGUACCAGUAUCUAGCACCUUCAUUUGCUGGAAUAGGAAAUAGCCUUGACCCUGUGAAGACCUGGCAGGAAGGACUUUAUACGGAUCAUGAUAUCAUGUUGAACUCGAUGCACAACUAUAUCGGUGGCGCUACGCAGCCAGGGGUGACACUUCAACGAACUCUGAUGAACCAUACGUCCACGGUCAACAGCGUCCAGCAUCAUGUGGAUCUAUCAAAGACUCUCAACAAAGAUGGUCUGGCAAAUGGUAUUCCCUACAUUCUAGGCGAGACCAAUUCCCUCUAUAACGAAGGCAAACCUGGGUUAUCCAAUUCAUUUGGCGCAGCCCUUUGGGGCGUCGACUUCAAUCUCUAUUGCGCGUCACAGAGUAUCCGACGGACACACAUGCACCAAGGGACAGACUAUCGGUAUGCAUCAUGGCAACCAAUUUCCACUAACAAGACCACAAUCGGUACCAAAGCGCCAUACUACGGAAACAUAAUGGUAGCCGCAAUGCUGGGUGGCGAUAGCAAUGAUGACUCGGACGAUAUCCGAGUCGUAAAUAUACCCCUAGCUAAAGAUACCGAGGCCGCCUACGCCACCUAUAUUGAUGGCAAAAUCGUCCGUAUCGCCGUGCUCAAUAUGCAAGAGUACAAUUACACUGGGUCUAUAACCUCGGCAUCCCGUCCUACAGCAAGCUAUUCUUUCCAUUUGCCCGAUAUCUCAGCGACAUCUUUAUCCGUGCACCGGCUCAUGGCCAAUGGGAGCGACGCGAUCACAGGUAUCUCCUGGGAUGGCUGGUCAUACAACUACGAGCUGAAUGGCGGCGCACCCGUCCGCUUGGGCAAUAUCACAGUGGGUGAGAGGGUGUCGGUGGAUGCGGAUUCGGGGGUAGUGGAGCUCAAACUUCCAUUUUCGAGCGGUGCUAUCUUGAACCUGUAG